GUUAAAAUGAGAAAUGUUCAACGUUACCACGAACGUCUAUUUCAAAGACUCAAAUUCGUGGUACUUUGUGGCGCUGCUUUUUACAUUACAUAGCACCAGGGGAGGGAGAAAAAAAAGGAAGAAAACAGACGAAAAAGAAUAAACUUCAGCUGCGAUUGUUACGAGAUCCCCACUGCCAAUCAUCCAAUUAAAAUCUAAAAUUCAGUCGUGGCUGGCCGUUGUUCCCCUUACACUGCGCCUAAGACCUUUGCCUACGGAACUGACGCUCAUUAGCUGCUUGAGUGAUGAUCCUACAUAAGUCUUUGAAGCGCCUCAACGGCGUUGGCGCAUCCUAUUUAGCUGUACUAUCUAGCUCUACAACUAUUUCCCUAGAAUCCUAUUAAUACUAAACUACAGCUUAAUACAACUUUUUAAUCCAAUGGCGGACUUAACUAUCCGUAACCUCACAAUCACUCCGCUAGAGCUUAAGCUCGUGGAGCGGUUUGAAGGGCAGCCUUCAUCCGGACGUCAUACUCCUGUCGGUAAUAUCACGAGCAGGCUCACCGGUAUUUUUAGCUCUUCAUCUGUUGCGCCUAAUGUUCGCAUCCAGGGCGAAGCUAAGGACCGCCGUGAUGUCUCCAUUCCCAUCGGAUGCUUUGAAACCUGCGUUACGGAUGUUCGCGCGGCUGACCCCGGCCGAGAAGUCAUUCGCUUGACUUUCGAGUCUGGGGGUCACCGAUAUCAAGUAGAUGUGCCGAGUGCUUCGCAUCGUAGCACAGUCAUGACGAAACUGGAUGGUGCUCCCAACGAAUAUACUGCUAUCUACGUGCAGGCCGGCAGUUGUCUUGCCAUCUUCAGUUCCGCCAACCUCUCCAGUUGGAUGCACGAGCUGCGGGACGAAUAUCCCUUAUCGGCUUUGUCUAUACCGGGUACACAUAACAGUCCGACAUGCCACCUCGCACUGCCUUCAGUCCGAUGCCAAGCGGUUAAUGUGCGCGAGCAACUGGACAACGGCGUCCGAUUUUUCGAUAUCCGUGUAAACGUUAGCACGGACUCUUCGGAACUGACCCUCGUGCAUAGCGCGUUCCCCAUCUCGCUCACGGGAAACAAGUAUUUUAAGGAUAUGCUCGAUGUUAUUUACUCGUUCCUAGACGCCAAUCCGUCCGAGACCCUUAUCAUGAGCGUGAAGCGCGAAGGCACCGGUAAAGGCACCGAUCAGCAGCUAUCCAAGAUCCUCAAGGAUCGCUUCUACGGAGAUGGGAAACGAUGGUACACCGAACCGCGGAUUCCAAAGAUCGGCGAAGUACGGGGUAAAAUCGUGCUGCUGAGGCGACACCAGAACGACCCAAGCCUUAAUGGCGAAUGGGAUGGUCGAGGUUGGGGACUCGAUGGGAGCGUCUGGCCAGACAAUUGUGAGGAUGGUCUACUGGGAAGUGGUAUUGCCCGUAUACAAGACUUCUACGAAGUCGACCAGAGCCACAACAUUCAGAAGAAGAUCGAGUUCGCACGAAAGCAUCUUGAACGUGCGGCCGAACCAUUUUGCGCCCUCCCGGGACGUGAAGGUUACAAGGAGAACGGACCUGUCCAGCCUUUCUUUGUGAAUUUCUUAAGCGCUAGCAAUUUCUUUAACGCUAACUGCUGGCCGGAGAAGAUUGCGGCCAAAGCAAACCCGGCCAUCAUCGAGUACCUAUGCAUACGGCACGGGGCGGAUGGCAAGGGGCCGAAAGGCUUAAAGGUGGGUGAUGGGAGCACCGGAGUGGUUGUUACGGAUUGGGUUGGACAAGACGGCGACUGGGACCUCAUAAGAUGCAUUGUCGGUUGGAACGCAAGAUUGCAGUUAAAGCAAUAACUCUUUGACUUGAACUAUACCCUUUGGUUGCUUUCCUAAAGGUUUAUAAUUACCUUAGGUACCUACUUAGACUUGUUUUGGAAACACGGUUUACACGUUAGGUAGAAAUACUAGAAAUACUAUAUACCAUAAAUACCUCCUAGGUAAGUAUAAGAUGGAAUACCUAAGACUUAGGUAACGAUUACUCGAAUCACCAAUAUCUCGGUUAUGGAUGUUAAAAUGCGGGUCAUGCUAUAUACUAAACCCUUUAACAUUUAAUGAGUGGAAGGCAAUAUGAAAUUUGAAUCGUUUACCUUAUUAAGUGGAAUAAACUAAGAGCUACCUACCAAGAUAUAGCAAGUAUAGUAAG